GUUCCAAUCCAAAGCUGGCACGGCAUGGCGGUAGGUGUUCUGUGGCAUGGCAUGGUAAUGUGGUAGUCGGCAGCGUCUGCGGCCGCUUCGUUUUAACAGAUAUUUUUAUUCUAAAGCAACGUAAGCGCCUACCAAGCUCAUGUUAUCAUUUACAGUGUAAGUAAGGCUGUAAGUGUAUACUAGGCAAGGCAAUGGCCACCCUGGCCGCAUUGCUGAAAAGCUUUCGGGCUUUCGGUCGUUUGGAACCAGCAUUGUCUCGUUCUGUUCGACUUCGACCGCUGGAUAACAUGAAGAGUUUGGAAGAAAAGAUCAAAGCUCUGAAUACAAAAGAUUCGGUAUUUGAAGAACGUGUAAACAUUGGUUUUAAGUUCACACCACCGAGCAUUAGUAGACAAGAAUGGAAAAAGCAGAAAAAGCUGCUUCAGGAAAACAAGAACAAUUAUGAGCUGGCUGAAAAAUCACGUGCUGGAACUUUGAAGAUACAGUAUGACGAAGCCAGGCAAGAGUGGAAAAAAACGCAUGCACCAAAACACGUGAAAGAGAUUGCAGACCACUACGGUGUCUUCAGAGACCUCUAUGAGUUUGGAUUUUUUCAUCCUGUCAUUCCCUUGGAUAUUUUAUAUGAGCAGAAUGCAGAGUACUUCAGUCCUGUGUACUACGGCAACAUCAUCCUUCCUUCUGAGGCUGUAAAGGCUCCCAGAGUGCAUUUUGAUUCUGAACCUGACAUGCUUUGGACUUUAGUCUUGACAAGCUUGGAUUCUCAUUUACAAGAGAAUGACAAAGAAUAUCUGCAUUGGUUUAUUGGCAACAUCAAAGGAAGCCAGGUAACAGCCGGUGAUGUAUUAUGUGACUACCUGCAGCCUUUUCUUCCUCGUGGUGCUGGCUAUCAUCGAUUUGUAUUUGUCCUGUACAAGCAAGAAAAGUUGAUUGACUACUCUAAAUGGAAAUGGCCUGCAGAAAGUACAAGCCUGAAGGAAAGGACCUUUAAAACGUAUGACUUUUACAAGGAGUUUGAAAGCAUGUUGACACCUGCUGGACUAGCAUUUUUUCAGUGCACGUGGGAAGACAGCCUGGUAGAUUUUUUCCACCAUAUUUUGCAGAUGCGAGUGCCCACCUUUGAAUAUAUUCACCCCCCAGAAUAUGUCCCGAAGCAAGUCCUGUACCCUCACAAGGAGCCUUUUAAUAUAUAUCUUGACAAAUACCGAGACCCUAGGGAAGUUCGGGAAGAAGUUUAUCUGAAGCGUCUGAAGUCUCUCAAUCCUUUGGAGGAUGAGCCACCUAUGCCAAACUACCCGAACAUCUACAAGAUUCCAAAAGGCACACCUAGCUGGCUGGUUGAUGAAAUGAGGAAAGAGAGAUUUCGUAUUGGGAAGUACAAGGAUCUGCGGCCCUUCAGUAUUUACCCAGAAGAAGAGUAUGAAGAUCCAAAGGUGAAAGCUUGGAGAGAGCAGGAAGAGUUUGAGCGCAAGUGGGCUGCGACACAUGAUGCCAAUACACCAUCUGCUUGACUGGUUCUGCCACUUACAUGGAUCAAUGCUUCGUUCAUGUGUAGAUGUUUUCAUCCGGACUUCAUAAGAGACACUGGCCCAUUGUUAAACCAGGCAUGCUAUAUUUACCCAUGUGAGGCCCACAGUUCCCUUUAUUUUUCCUGAUUUUUUUUCACGAAAUAAGUAGCUGCUUGUUGAUAAAUGCACCUCAGAGCUGUACAUUUCAGAUAUACAGGGUCGACCACAUCUGAAGUGAAGACAUCAUUAGCAUUCUGGCUAGCAAAAAUAGAAAGUUUACUUCAAAUAGAAAAUUUUUAUUUUACGUGUGAUCGUGGUGUUGACAAGCACAGUAAUAAUUUGAUAAUUUAUGUAUUAAAAAUCGACUUAUAUGAGUACUUGAGUAUGAACUAGGUGUUUACUUUGAAUGUGGACGACACCAUACUUAAUAAAAAAAAAGAACAGAAGAAGCACUGCA